AUGAAUACUGAUAUUGGGAAUAUAACAAUCAUAAAAUUUAUAACACCAUUUAAUAUUGUUCUUUUUUUAAUCUUUAUUUAUUUAUUAUAUUCACGUUUUAAAUCAAAACAAAAUAUUUCUGCGUUUACACCAGUAAAACCUGAAGUUUUUCAAGAUUUUACACCUAAAACCUUAGAACGUUUUAAUGGAAAAGAAACAUAUAAAAUUUUUAUAAGUAUUAAAGGCAAUGUUUAUGAUGUUACAUCAGAAAAACGACUUUAUGGCCCUGAAGGUCCAUAUAGAAAUUUUGCAGGUAAAGAUGCAAGUAGAGGACUAGCAAAAGGAAGUUUUGAUAUAAAUAUGAUUAUGUCUCCUGAUGAACCUAUUGACAAACUUCUUGAUCUUACAGACGAAGAACGAAAUACAUUAGAUGAUUGGGAAAAGCAUUUUCAAAGAAAAUAUGAAGUUGUUGGAAAACUUAUUGAAAAUAUUUAA